AUGUUCCUCCACCGUGCGUCCUUCGAUAUGUGCACGCUCUCCGUCCGGCAGGCAGUCCUUGGGGAUUGCGAGUACUACACUCUCUUCAACGGGUUCGCCCUCUGCGCUGCGCCUCAACUCGCAGUCGGAUACACUGUGGAGGGUAUCGUCGUAAACUUACUCACCGCCGUCAGGGGUGGUCGCGAGCAGUGGCGGCUGUACGGGGUGGGCGCGCUUGCGGAGGCAUUCUGGUUCGCCACCGCGCCGAUAGAUAUCCCGCGCGACGGAUUGGGCGUGUUCAUGUACUACUGCCACUUGACACGGCAACCUCCGCCUCCUCCGCCUGUUGUUGUUCCUCCUUCUGUCCCACUCAUCCUCAUCCUCCUCUUCCCCUUCCCCUCUAACGCCACCCUCCAACGCUGCACCAUCGCGCCCACCACUCUCGACGCUCUCGCGGACACCAAGAGCUUCGAGACUGUCGCGCACAUCAAGUCUUCCCACGACCUACGGUUGCACCCCGCAUGGAUGCGCUUCAAGAUGUAUGCAAGUCAUGUACAGGAGAUAGCCCUCUCGUUCUUCCCACGACCGCAGACACCAUCACUUUGGACGGAACUGGACGCGUUGCUCACGAAGGACGACCCUAUUCUCUCCCGUCUUCAUCGGGUCACGCUGAAGCAUUGGUACCCUGACAGUGAAUCCCGGGAAGAACAGGCCGGACAGCUCGCACUGCUAUCACCCAGUGUACGCUGGGCCGAGAUUCAAGGUGCAUUCCAUGUGGAGGAUUGGUACAGGGCCCUGGUUGCCAACCAUUUCCUCGCACGCUGCCCCGACUUGGAAGGCGCCAUCAUCCAUAACACCGAGUGGAUAUCCUUGCUCUCCAAGCAGCACGUCUGA